AUGGCAGAUGUGGGGGUGGACCCCAAGUUCCUGAGGAAUACGCGCUUCACCAAGAAGCACAAGAAGAAGGGCCUGAAGAAAGUGCAGGCCAACAACGCCAAGGCCGCGGCUGCUCGCGCCGAGGCCAUCAAGGAUCUUGUGAAGCCUGCAGAGGUCAAGCUCAGCCGCCUGGCCUACAUGGCCCACCCCAAGCUUGGCAAGCGGGCUCGGGCACGUAUUGCCAAGGGUCUGAGGCUCUGCCGGCCCAAGGCCAAGGCACAAAGUAAGGCUGAUGCUUCAGACAAGGCCAGGACUCCAGUGAAAGCUCCCAAAGGCACCCAGGCUCCCACAAAGUCGAGUUCUCCGUGUGAGGGCGAGAGGGACUGGUGUGAGCCCUGA